AAUAGAUCGCAGAUGCGACAGAUCGAAAAAACAAGGAAGGAUCAGUGAGAUGGGGAGGGAGUAUGUCUGAAGAGUCAAAGAAGACCACUUUCAAUUAGAUCAUUACCUCCAGUAGCGUCACCUUGAAUGAAUAGCGAACACAUAGAGGACAACAUGUUGUUGAAUAAUAGAGCGGACUUGAUGAAUUCGGUAACCAUGGCGUCCGUCAAAAACGAAGAUGAAAGUGAUGCCUCAAUGCGACAAAGACUCGUAAGCAGCCUUAGUCAGAGUUUCCCAGGCAGUGCACUUUCGAAAGCUUUGCAGUGUAUGAGUGAAUCGGAUGACGAAAUGAAGGACCCGUUAAGCAGUAGCUGCUUUGCCGAACUUCGCUUGGAAAAAGCGGACAUGGAAGAGGAUGAUGAGCUGACAAGUUUGGCAUGGUUACAAGACAGUGACUUAUUGAAAAACAUACACCCUGGAGAGGUGGAAAGUGCAGAUUCGCAGAAGGAAAAUGGGGACAUUCGAAAGCUUCCAAACAAUCUUCCCCAGAGUCAUCCUUCCCAUGUACCAUAUAAUCCUCAGAAGCACAUCAACAGCAAACCCCCGUAUUCGUUUAGUUGCCUUAUUUUCAUGGCUGUAGAAGAUUCCCCUCAGAAACGACUGCCAGUUAAAGACAUUUACAACUGGAUACUGACCCACUUCCCCUACUUCCAGAACGCACCCACAGGAUGGAAAAAUUCUGUGCGGCACAACUUAUCGCUCAACAAGUGCUUCAAAAAAGUUGACAAAGACAAGGGUCAGACAAUAGGCAAAGGCUCUCUGUGGUGUAUUGACCCGGAUUAUCGACCAAACCUACUGCAGGCCUUGAGGAAAACCCCUUAUCACCCCUACCACCAGCUUCAGAUGCUCGCCAGCCCCCAAUCUGCGGCACAGAAUCCUAAUCUUCCUUUCUCCAGACCUCUUCCAUUAUCUCCCAGAUAUGCUGUGAACCAAAUAUCUCCUCAUCUCUUCCCAUUUCUUAGUAAGAGGUUAGCACAGUCAAGUUUGGAUAGUGACAUAGAUGUGGCCAAUGCUUUGGUGUCUCUCAAGGGACUGAACUCUUCCAACUCUCGACAUCAGCUAAUAGGUCGAGGUGGAAUGUGGCGCACAGGGAUGAAAAGGAAGCAGAUGACCCAGUUAAGUCAUCAUGUAAAGAGGAAGAACUUAGGCCCAAUAAUCUGCACAUUGAACCCAAGUGAGGACCACACCUACAGCGUGACAGCUUCCCCGUCGGAUAGCAGCUCCGGGCGAGUGUCACCGUAUUCAUCAGAGGAAGAGUAUGAUUUCGGCUCGGAUGACGACAUUGAUGAAGACAGUGAUUACGACGGCUGGGCAAGUGAUUACGAUGAAGUCGAUGGUGACGACAACGAUGACUCUUUUUCAACAAAGGGACAUAAAGCUCAAAAGUCCCCGCGAAAAAACAAGGCAGCAAAACGUGACGAUGAGGAUGAGGACAUGAAAAUAGCGGAAGGUGCUAAUGCUCUGCUGAACUUAGCUGGCAUCAAAACCAGCAUUCUACCAUUACGUUCUAUAAGCCCACUGGUCAAUUCCAGUCCUCAGCAGGAUAAAGAUGACGCUGCCUCUUCCUGACAAAAUGGACGAAAGACUUGAUCAUGCACCUUUCU